UUUUAUUUAAAAUCACGCAGUUUUGAAGGACCCUUGUUGAAGUCAGAGUACUCAUUAGGAUUCCUUAUGUACUUUUGCUCAGAGAAGUUCUGGUUCUGUUCGUCUAGUUCCUCACCAAUUGCAUCACUGUGUAGCUUUAUUCUAUUUAUGUUUGCCUUGAUUGCUUCAUAUGCUUUGUCUUUGUAUUCAUCAUCUUUAGCAUAAGCAAGCUCAUUUCUUUGUAUUUCAUUUUGCUCUUUUGUCAGCUCAUGGUUGACUACGGCUUCUUGGAUCUUAUCUUCAGUCCCUCUAGCAUCAAUAGCAUAGUUAUUAGCGUUCUUUGGUUUUCUUUUGAACCAGCUCUUGACAUACCCCCAGAAGGACUCGUAAUGAUGCUCAACAAAAUGAGCUUUCUUCAGAUUGGCAUCAGCAAUAUUGUAAUUUUUGUCAAUAUUGUCUAUAAUCCGUCCUUGACUCUUAAGCUCUUUAUUAAUAGCUGAUGUAUCAUGAGCUGCUGCAGCUGUUUUCUCAACUAAAUGGCCUAGCAUCUGCUUGUUCUUCUCAUCAAGUUUCUUAAUCUCUUCUUCGUCAUCAUAAGACAUCUUCAGUAUUUAU